AUGACCUCCCCUGUCGAAGUGGGUAACAGGUGGGUAGACUCACAGGACUUUGUUCCAGAUAGUCUGAUACAACCUCAAGAAGAAGUUAGAAGGGAGGAAGACCUUGUUCUUAUAGAAGAUAUACCGGUGGAAGACUGGGGACAAGAGAACCAGGUGGGUGAAAUGCUGGAAGAGAUGCAUUCAAUGUCUGAUCAGGAAGCGGGUGAAGUGAACGCCAUAUCAGGGAUGGAUAAGGAUUACAUAGGACUGGGCACGUCGAGAGGAAGGUUGAAAAAGCUGGUAAAAAGAUUUAACGUAAAAGUAGUGGCGUUGGCAGAAACUUUUGUGGAUGAGAGGAAGAUGGAUAAAAUAAAGAAGAGCCUAUGGCUGGACAACGGGUGCUCAAACCAGGAAAAGGCUGGAAAAAUAUGGCUGCUAUGGGAUAAGAGUGUAGACGUGCAUGUAUUCCGCGUGAGUGACCAAUUUAUGACGGCAAAAGUGUGGGAGGGAAACACGGUGAUCUUACUAACCUUCGUGUAUGCCAAGUGCAGUUAUGGGUUACGUAGAAAGUUAUGGAAGGAUUUGGAGGAGGAAGCGCAGAUGAACAUACCUUGGAUGAUACUGGGUGACUUCAAUGUAAUAAGAACCAAUGGUGAAAGGAGGGGAGGUGCUCCUAGGCCCAUGAUAGCAAUGGAGGAGUUCAAUAGCUGGAUUAGUGAGUCUGGUCUCCUGGAAAUCAAUACCCAAGGCAACCAAUUAUCCUGGUGCAACGGGCGAGAAGGUGUAGCAAGGUGCUGGGCUCGGCUAGACAGAGGCUUCAUGAAUACCCAGUUCCUAGAGUUGCUCCCCCAUAUUUCUUUAACUUAUCUUGAGCGCAGUACGUCGGAUCACUCUCCAAUGAUAGUUUCAAGUGACCAACACGUCCAGAGGUACGGGCCAUCUCCAUUCCGUUUUAUACAUAUGUGGAUGGAUCAUGAAGAAUUCUUUAACCUUGCUAGAAAUUGUUGGGAGAAGGAAGGCUCGGGUAGUGGCUUGGAAAAGUUAGCUUUUAAGCUCAAGCGGAUGAAACAGAUGCUUAAAACGUGGAACAAGGAUAAGUUUGGCCGGGUGGAAAUAAUGAUCCGAGAGCUUGAACAGACGGUGGAUGAUCUUGACUUUAAAUUACAGGAGGGUUAUGAAGAUGCAAUAGAGCAAGAUCUACUAAUCUCAAAAAUAGAACUAGAUAUAUGGAGAAAGAGGGAGGAGUCGAUGCUAGCACAGAAGGCCAAAGUAAACUGGCUCAAAUUAGGGGACAACAAUACUCGCUAUUUUCACUCAGUCUUGAAGAGAUGGCAGCAGAAUCAAAUACAUCAUAUGCUCAAAACUGAUGGAACUUCUUUUGACACUCCCGAAGAAGUACACGAGGGAGCUGUUGAAUAUUUCCAAAAAUUGUUAAGAAAAGGAGAGGAGGGGGACCUACCUGACCUGAACACUUUAAUAGACAAAGCAAUAUCAGAAGAGGAAAACAUAGAGCUACUUAAGAGCCCCUCUGUCGAAGAAAUUCAGCAGGCACUCUUCAGUAUUCCAAAGGAAAGCAGCCCAGGACCCGACGGCUUUGGUUCCGCCUUUUAUAUACGCUGCUGGGAUUUUGUCAAAGGAGAUGUGAUAGAAGCAGUAAAGGACUUCUUUGCAGGAAAUCAAUUUCCUCGGUACUAUACGGCAUCUUAUGUAGCCUUAAUUCCCAAAACGCAGCAUCCAGCCAGUUUCGACAAAUUCAGGCCCAUAAGUCUAUGCUCGGUGAUAUACAAAGUGUGUUCGAAAGUAUUAGUAGCGAGGCUCGUACACAUCCUGCCGAGAUUAAUAUCUCCAGAACAGGGAGCGUUCGUAGCCAAGAGAAGCAUCCUCGAGAAUGUCAGCUUGACUCAAGAAAUGGUGCACUCCAUUCACAAAAAGAAAAAUGGGGGGAACGUGAUGCUGAAGGUAGACAUGUCUAAAGCAUACGACCGAGUGAAUUGGAAGUUUCUCCUGCAUGUGCUGGAAACCUUUGGUUUUUCGGAAGGGGUAUGUGGGCUGAUUAAAUCGUGCAUAACAACACCUUGGUACUCUAUCCUGUUGAAUGGUACUGCAAAAGGUUUCUUUAAAGGGGAAAGAGGUCUCCGGCAAGGAGAUCCCCUUUCGCCAUAUUUAUUCAUCUUGAUGGAGGAAGUGCUCUCGAGGCUACUAAAGAAUCAUUACGCAACUGGAGUGAUUGAAGGAUACUCCCAAGCAAGAGGAACGCCUCUCAUCUCUCACUUGCUAUACGCAGAUGACAUAGCAAUUUUCACUAACGGUGCGAAACGCUCCAUAAAGGCAGUGGUCAAAGUACUGGGGGUAUACGAAAAGUGGUCUGGUCAGAAAGUGAAUAAAGAGAAGUCUGACAUUUUUUUCUCCAAACACAUCCCUCAAGCCAGGAGAAGGGAAGCUUUGAAUCUUACAGGUUUUGGAGAGGGAAUUUUUCCGAUGAAAUAUUUAGGAGUGUCUAUAGUAGAUGGCAAACUGAAAGUCCGGCAUUUGGAAGAACUAGUUCACAAGAUUCAGACAAAAGUCAGUGGAUGGAAGACUAGACUCCUUUCGGCCGGAGGGAAACUCACUCUCAUUAAACACGUUUUGUCGAGCAUUCCUAUAUAUCUCCUCUCAAUUUUGCAGGUGCCAAAAUUGGUAGUCUCCUCAAUCAAUCGCACUAUUAGCUCCUUUUUCUGGGGUGAAACAAGUGGCAAACCAAAAAAGAAAUGGUGUGCCUGGAGUAAGAUUUGCAAACCGAAGGCCGAAGGGGGCUUGGGUAUCCGGGAUUUAGAAGAAACUCAAAGAGCAUUACAUGCAAAAUUCGCCUGGAACAUUAUAAACGGAAAUUCUUUAUGGGCUUGUUUUUUUCGGGGGAAGUACGUAAGGGACUCCCACCUGUCGCUCGUGAAGGCCACAAAGGGCUCUAGAUUUUGGAGAAUGGUGAUGAAACAAAUCCCUUUUGUUCUGGAAAACUCUCGCUGGAAAGUGCGCCGGGGAGAUAUCAAUUUCUGGUUGGACUCCUGGAUGGAGGAAGGACCACUUUCGGAGACUCUUCAAAUCACAGAACACCCCGGUAUGAAAAUACGAGAGUGUAAGCUGGAUAACGCAUGGGACGUGCAACUCUUAGAGCAUAUGGUUCGGCGAGAAAAAACAGAGCAGAUCAUAGAAACAUUGGGGAACCCGAGGGAAGGGCCGGAUUUUCUGAUAUGGACAACCUCUAUAGAUGGAAAAUUUACGACAGGAAAUGCUUGGGAGUGCCUAAGAGUGAAGAAUCCGGAAACAUCAUGGUCAACGUGGGUUUGGCAUGGGUUAUUACCAAAAAAAAUCUCGAUCAUGGUAUGGAAAGCAUGGAAUAAUAGUCUGAGUGUGGAUGAUCGGUUGAGAAGGAUAGGAAUCCCGGUGGUAUCAAAAUGUAACUGCUGCAGUGGAGGUGGCUAUGAGGAUAUUAACCAUGUCCUAUAUGCAGGAGAAUUCGCACAACAAGUAUGGAGGAAAUGUGCUCAGUUUCUGGGUUUUACUUUUCGUGAGGGAUCAACGUGGAAAGAUUAUAUGUCACUGUGGUUUAGACGUGCGUCUCGGUCAACUCAAGUGGGAGUAAGCUGGGGCAUUCUUCCUUCCAUAGUAACGUGGAGAUUGUGGUUGAGGAGGUGCAGAGUACGAGCGGGAGAAGGAGCUGAAUCCAUAGAGGAAACAUGGCAGGCAAUCAGAUUCUGGGUAGCAAGCCUAUUAAAGAAUGCUGCAAAAUUCCAGAAGGUGGCAUGCAGGGAUAGGGAAUUGCUGGAGAAUUUAAAUAUAGAUAUAGCCCCAGUAAGAGAAAAACGAGUGCAGGUGGUAAGAUGGAUAAAGCCUCUGCAGGGGAGUUUUAAGCUCAACACUGACGGCAGUAGUAAUCCUGGAAGCUCAGGUGCAGGGGGACUUCUCCGAAAUGAUGCAGGCAACCUAGUUUUUGCCUUCUCGGUGAACUUUGGAGCUGGAAGUAACAACGCAGCAGAAUUGAGAGCAAUCAUAUAUGGCCUAAAAAUGUGUCAACAACAGAGGAUUAGUAGAGUGGAGGUGGAAACUGAUUCACAGCUGGUGGUUAACUGGCUUAGUGGUGCACGAUGCGGCGUCUGGUACCUCGAGGAUUACUGGGAAGAAGCUGUGAAUUUAAUCAAGGAAGGAGAACACUCAAUCAAGCACACUUUCCGGGAGGGAAACGCUCCAGCAGAUUUCCUGGCGAAAUUUGGUGCGCAGGGACGAGAUCAGAUAUGGAACAACGUAAUGCUCUUACCGAGAAAACUUCGUGGCCUCAUCCGAACGGACAAGCUUGCUCUUCCCUUUCUGCGUAUCCGUUAG